AUGCGUCUUCACACAGCGAAGGCUCUGUCACUUUGGACCAGCUCUGCCACCUUGGUCCAGUUCUGCCUCCUUGGACCAGCUCUGUCACCUUGGACCAGCUCUGUCACCUUGGACCAUCUCUGUCACCUUGGACCAUCUCUGCCACCUUGGACCAGCUCUGCCACCUUGGACCAGCUCUGCCACCUUGCACUAUCUCUGACACCUUGGACCAGCUCUGUCACCUUGCACUAUCUCUGACACCUUGGACCAGCUCUGUCACCUUGGACCAGCUCUAUCCCCUUGGACCAGUUACCUUGGACCAGCUCUGCCACCAUGGACCAGCUCUGCCACCUUGCACUAUCUCUGACACCUUGGACCAGCUCUGUCACCUUGCACUAUCUCUGUCACCUUGGACCUGCUCUGUCACCUUGGACCCGCUCUGUAACCUUGGACCAGCUCUGUCACCUUGGACCAGCUCUGCCACCUUGGACCAGCUCUGACACCUUGGACCAGCUCUGCCACCUUGGACCAGCUCUGUCACCUUGGACCAGCUCUGCCACCAUGGACCAGCUCUGUCACCUUGGACCAGCUCUGCCACCUUGGACCAGCUCUGUCACCUUGGACCAGCUCUGCCACCAUGGACCAGCUCUGUCACCUUGGACCAGCUCUGUCACCUUGGACCAUCUCUGUCACCUUGGACCAGCUCUGCCACCUUGGACCAGCUCUGCCACCAUGGACCAGCUCUGCCACCAUGGACCAGCUCUGUCACCUUGGACCAACUCUGUCACCUUGGACCAGUUACCUUGGACCAGCUCUGUCACCUUGGACCAGCACUGCCACCUUGGACCAGCACUGUCACCUUGGACCAGCUCUGUCCCCUUGGACCAGUUACCUUGGACCAGCUCUGUCCCCUUGGACCAGCUCUGUCACCUUGGACCAGCUCUGUCACCUUGGACCAGCUCUGUCACCUUGGACCAGCUCUGUCACCUUGGACCAGCUCUGCCACCAUGGACCAGCUCUGCCACCUUGCACUAUCUCUGACACCUUGGACCAGCUCUGUCACCUUGCACUAUCUCUGUCACCUUGGACCAGCUCUGUCACCUUGGACCAGCUCUGUCACCUUGGACCAGCUCUGCCACCUUGGACCAGUUACCUUGGACCAGCUCUGACACCUUGGACCAGCUCUGCCACCUUGGACCAGUUACCUUGGACCAGCACUGUCACCUUGGACCAGCUCUGUCACCUUGGACCAGCUCUGUCCCCUUGGACCAGUUACCUUGGACCAGCUCUGUCACCUUGGACCAGCUCUGUCACCUUGGACCAGUUACCUUGGACCAGCUCUGUCACCUUGGACCAGCACUGUCACCUUGGACCAGCUCUGUCCCCUUGGACCAGUUACCUGGGACCCGCUCUGACACCUUGGACCAGCUCUGUCACCUUGGACCAUCUCUGUCACCUUGGACCAGCUCUGUCACCUUGGACCAGCUCUGUCACCUUGGACCAGUUACCUUGGACCAGCUCUGUCACCUUGGACCAGCACUGUCACCUUGGACCAGCUCUGUCACCUUGGACCCGCUCUGUCACCUUGGACCAGCUCUGUCACCUUGGACCAUCUCUGUCACCUUGGACAAGCUCUGUCACCUUGGACCAUCUCUGUCACCUUGGACCAGCUCUGUCACCUUGGACCAGCUCUGUCACCUUGGACCAUCUCUGUCACCUUGGACCAUCUCUGUCACCUUGGACCAUCUCUGUCACCUUGGACCAGUUACCUUGGACCAGCUCUGUCCCCUUGGACCAGUUACCUGGGACCCGCUCUCUCACCUUGGACCAGCUCUGUCACCUUGGACCAGCUCUGUCACCUUGGACCAGCUCUGUCACCUUGGACCAGCUCUGUCACCUUGGACCAGCUCUGUCACCUUGGACCAUCUCUGUCACCUUGGACCAGCUCUGUCACCUUGGACCAGCUCUGUCACCUUGGACCAGCUCUGUCACCUUGGACCAUCUCUGUCACCUUGGACCAGCUCUGUCACCUUGGACCAGUUACCUGGGACCCGCUCUGUCACCUUGGACCAGCUCUGUCACCUUGGACCAUCUCUGUCCCCUUGGACCAGCUCUGUCCCCUUGGACCAGUUACCUUGGACCAGCUCUGUCACCUUGGACCAGCUCUGUCACCUUGGACCAGCUCUGUCACCUUGGACCAGCUCUGUCCCCUUGGACCAGCUCUGUCACCUUGGACCAGCUCUGUCACCUUGGACCAGUCACCUGGGACCCGCUCAGGAGCCAGCUGCACACAGACACCUCCCCUGUGCUGUAA